GUGGUAGUGGUGUUGGUGGUGCAUCGGGAAAAUUGCGUCGUACUACUACUACGUGCACCGCUGGUGGAAGUGUUUGAUGGGCUUGUGGCGUCAAAGGGAACGACCAACUACUACGCCACCGGAAACGACAACAAAGGGCGAACGUCAUCAUCACCAACAUCAUCAUCAUCCUCAUCAUUGUCGUCUUGUGGAGGACAUCGUCGUAGUCGACGGGACGGUGUCGGAAACGAACAGCCGUGAAGUGAAAGUGGUGACCGAAUCGCGCCCCGAUCAAGGGCAUUUGCGACGUGCUUCUGCGUGCGGUACCAGCGUGAUGAGCCCAAACUGGGGCCAGCUGCCAGCCCUUGUGAUAACGAACGUUUUCCAGCACUUGAAUCAUCCGGAUCGGUUGAACGCGUCGACGGUAUGCUGGCACUGGCGGUCCGUCAUUUUUCAACCCAGAUUUUUUAAGCGUAUCCAGUUCGAUGUUGCCCGUGAGCAGAACAAAAAGAAUGGUUUUUUUUUGCAAAAGCUGGCUCAUAUCGUAAACGAGGUGAAGAUUACAUUCGAUUCCUGCAAUCUGUACGAUGUGGAGCUGACGGCGGAAAUUCUCUACAAACUAAGCAAAAGUGCUCGUUUGCUCGAUCUUUCCAUCUUGCCGAAAUACGCAACCCUGGUCACACCCGGCCGUUUCUACUCCGAAGAGGAAUGGAAUUACAUUCUCAAACUCUUCGUUCAACCAGUGCUAGCACUGCUGAGCCGUAAAAAUCCACCAUUUCGGACGCUUGAUUUGGGUUGUUCCGAAAUUCUCGCUCUCCACGCUUCGGACUUUCUCACUUGCACCGCAAAACCACAGGCUCUGGAAAAGCUAGCAUUUGCCACAGUCAAGCAGGACCCGGGACACUAUCCGCUCGGUUUGAUUGAACCAACACUGCUGGAGAAGUGUACCUCACUGCGUGUGCUUACCAUCGAUUACGAUAGUCUGUGCGAUGAGUUGCUGCAAACGCUGCAGGUGUUACCGGUGCUGCGGCAGCUUAUCGUGCACGUGCACGGUAUCGAUGAGGAUCAUUUUGGGCUGUCGGAGGAUGCGUGGGCAACCUUUCGCACCAAGAAUCCGGACGUCGAGCUGCAUCUAACGCUGGUGUGUGCGUACGAAGCGGUUGAAACAUUGCACACCCACAUCUUACGGCCAUCGAUGCCGUUAACGCAUCUGAAGGUGUUGUUCUGUGAGAAGAUCAAUUGCGAAGCCUUGGAAUAUCUUUCACAACAUUACGAGGACACCCUGCGUAGCUUGAUUUGGGUCGAUUCAGUGCGCAUUAUGGAGUAUCGCAACGUUAUGGAGCUGGUGAUGCACACCAGACAAGAUCCACUGGUAAUGAUGGCUUGGCGAUGCAAAAAGUUGCAAGAACUCAUCGUCCACGGUUACGUACUUGAUCAGUACAGUUUGGUCGGUGUUGCGCGUUUGCGUGGCCGCGAGUUGAAAGUGCUGGAAGUGUCCCACAUGCAUCUUUCCAUUGCCACCGGCAUGAUUACACCAUAUAUUGAGGAAAUAAGUGCACAGCUUGGCAAAAAGUGGUGUCCUUUGGAUGCGAACACUCUUCCACCGGCACUACGAUUCAAUCCCGUUUCGGAUGAAGUCCGUGAUCAGUACAUCCUAAAGUACAUUCGCAAGGAUAUAAUGGAGUAAGU